ACAGAAGAGGUCCUGAGAGAGUCCAGAAAGUUACUGUGGUGUGGUCUGCUGAAAGAAGAAUCCUUUAGGGCAGACUCACACAUCUCAACCAAAACGUUGGCUGUGGAGCACCAUUGUGCUCUAGGUUGUUGACAGUGUUCUUCCAGCACUUCUACAGUUUGUCUCUCAGCAGUCUGAUUGAGGCCCUCAUGACAGUACAGCAUAAUCUGCUCUGGUUUCACAAGGUUUAUUACCCAGAGCUCUCUGUCUGGGUCAGUCAAGAACCAUUUCCAAACAAGGAAAUGGAGGGAAGGCUUCCUAAGGGAAGACUUCCUGUCCCAAAGGAAGUGAACCGCAAGAAGAAUGACGAGACCGAGGCUGCCUCCCUGACUCCCCUUGGCAGCAAUGAACUCCACUCCCCAAGAAUCAGUUACCUCCACUCUUUUUAAUCGUAACACCUCCAUUUGUAUUACAUAUGGUGUAUGGGUAUUGAUGAGGUCAUGGUAUCAUAUAUGGGAUUUUUUUCUGUGUAAAUCAUCAAGUAUAAGAAGAAACUAUGGGACUCUGAGCCCUGCUUUAGAGAAUUUACAGUGGACAAAUAGGUAUCAUCAAACCAGUUUUUAAUCAUUCUGACUCUGUGAAAACGCUCAGAAUUUCACACUGUGAAUCCACGUUUACAACCCUUACAGGUGGGCCUUCAGGCCUGGUUCGCUACGACGUCUUCCACAACUCAAACUCCCACUGCUCUCACACAACCGGUCCACUCCUGCCUUUUCACUCACACAGCUCCAGACUGCUUCUUGCAGAGGCUGAGUCCCCUUUUUUUUUUUUUUUCAUUUAGAUGUAACAAGCCUAGUAGUUUAUGUUCAUCAAUUGUCUGUAUAUCUCUAUAUUUUAUCCAUGUACUCUUUUGAUGUAUAGAAGUAGUUUGAAACUCAUUGUUUCCUUGUGGUAAGUGACCGAGAUGCUGCCACAGGACCUGAGACACUGAUGAAUGGUGCUAUUUUGGACUUUCAACAUGCUCCUUGGCGAGGUAGCUCUGAUGGAGUUAUUUUUUAUUUCCAUGUUCUAAGAAGGUGUUGGUACUCUGUUUCCCUGAAUGUUGUUCUCUAGACUGGAUUGACUUGUUUUCCUUGUGUCUUCAGUGUGGCUUUCUUCUUCAGCAUUGUAGGUUGAGUGAACGCUACCAGAGAGGGUGUGAGAGACUCACGUCUCAUUGGCUGGCUCUCAUGGACACGCCGUCACUGUAGUGGGAGCAAUCACAAAACUGUAAUUUACUUACCAAGUCUCUUCCUUUCAGUAGCCUCGCCUGCCUAACUUAGAGAAAGAAAAGCAAUAAUUUGACAGGCGUUUUUAGGUGUCUCUUUUGGUUCUUUUUGUUUGAAAGGAUAUUUGGGAAAAAAAAGGGCGAACUCUUUUUUUUAAUAAAUGCCCUCUGAAAAAAUAUCCAAAAAAACUGGCAUCUAAGUAGGAAUAUGAAAAUUAUACCCUUCCUGAAAAUUAGGUUGGAAAAAUGUCUUUACAAAAUUAAAUUGAAAAAAAGGCAGUGCGCUCUUUUUUCGGCAGUUUUGAUAAGCAAGGUAUAGAUUUUACAUUUUUGUCCUUGCUCCCAAUGAAAUGGAUAAACAAAAAUAAAAUCAGACAAUACCAUCUAUUCAUGGAAUGUUGUUGUGUUAGCCAGUCUGAAAGCCCACCUUAAUUUUUAUAUAACUGUCUUUUAGCUCUUCCUUUUACAGGGCAGGCUUUGUUCUGAACUGUUGCGCUUCUGACUGUUAAACAUCGAUGAUGCAUGCGCUGCACUUCUUCGUUCUCUUCUCGCUCCCCCAUUGGCCUGAGUUUCUCGUGCAUUUCCCCCCCUCCCUCCUUUGUUAGAAUAGGUAUAUGAGCUGUGUAAAUAGAGCAAGAAAACAGUAUUCUGCAUCUGUGGCAUUUAUAUAGAGUUGCAGUUGUGUACUGCUGAAAAUGCAGGCUUUUGUAACAAUGUGAUCUUUACUGAUGCACUCACGACAAGUACCCAAUGUAUUUUAGCUAUUUUAGUAGUAUUCGUUCAAUAAAUAUGCAAGCUGUAAGGUAA